GUGAAAAUCUGGCAACAGCGCUCUCUACUCGCAGCUGUUCGAAUUUUGAUUUGAAAAUAGAAAUCAUAUUAAGUCGUGAGUCUGAACUAAUUAUUUAAGAAACUUGUCAUUUUAACAUAUAAUUGUUAUUUUUAAUUACAAUGAAUUCUGAAGAUUUUUUCCAGUAAAUUAUCCAGUUGUCAGGAUUGGAGAAACCACGCUUUUGCACUUCAUAAUUUUUAUAAAAUUAAAUCUCCAGAAUUUUUAUUGACCCAUAGCUUCUCUAGAGGAGAAAAUAAACUAUGUUCUUUGGCUGGCUGAGCUGAAAUCUAUCACUUCUGUUUAAAGUCUGGAGCAGAUAGUUGAUGCCAUUGCUUUUGACAUAAUGUCAGAGGCAACAUUACAGUCACAUAACUGUUUUUCUUCAAUGAUCUGAUUAUUUAUUCAUUAUAAAAUUUAGGAUAUUUACAAUGGGUUCUGAACAAUUUUAUGUGAAAUGGAAUAAUCAUCAGCCAAAUAUGAUUGCUGUGUUUGAUCAAUUGCUUACAAAUGAAACAUUUGUGGAUGUAACAUUAGCAUGUGAAGGUGUAAGACUAAAAGCUCACAAAAUUAUUCUUUCUGCUUGCAGUUCCUUUUUUCAGAAUUUAUUUUUGGAAAACCCAUGUAAGCAUCCAAUUGUAAUCAUGAAAGAUGUAAAAUACACAGAAUUGAAAACAGUAUUGGAUUUUGUAUAUAAAGGCGAAAUUAAAGUGACUCGAGAUCAGCUGACAGGACUCAUUAAAUUAGCAAAAUUACUGAAUAUAAAAGGCUUAGAAGAGGUUAAAGAUGAUGAACAACCUAUUUCAAAUAACGAAGCUCAAACAACUGCACCAAACUUGGUAUCAUCACAACAACAGCUGGUUUAUACAUUUCAGUAUGUUCCUUCGCCAUUUAUUCCAAUUCAGCCACGAUAUAAUAUGAUACUACAUGCUGUAGAAAAAAAUGAAAAAAGCAAUAAAGAAAAAAGUUCAUCAGAUACAAACUCUCAUAAUUUAGAAUGUCAUAAUUCAAAAAUAAAUGACUCAGAUAAUGAAAAAUCUACUAAGGAAUCUUCUGAAAUGAACAUUGAUUCAAAUAGAAAGUUAGUAGUAAUUGAUGAUGAUUUAAAUAGUCAGAGUCAUGAUGAUGAUUCAUCUAACCCAUCAAUUAUGCAUUCUGAUGUGUGUAUAAAAGAGGAAAAAGCUUCGGAUGAUGACAGCAAUUACAAUGAAUAUUCAAAUUUUACUGACAGGAUUAGUGAAGAAACAAAUGUAAAAAUUAAAUCUAGUUUGACAUGCCAUGAAUCAAAAGGUUCGUCACAUGAAGAAAAUAGUGAAUAUAUGGAUAAUUCUACAGAUGAUUUUAUUUUACCUAGUCAAACUAAUUAUUUAUUGAAUAAACAAUCUGAAUUAAGAGAACAAGAUAUGUCUGAUAUCAAACCAAUAUUAAGAUUUGAUGAAUCUACAAAUUUACCAGUUGCAUCAUUUAAAAAUAAUAAUGUAUUCCCAGGAAUUUCUUCAUUACCUGGUCCAAGUAAUUAUUCACAAAGUUCAUGGUCUGUAUUACCACAGAAAGGUGAUAAAGUGUGUAAAGACUCUGAAGGCACAGAGAAGCAAUUUCUGUGUGGAAUUUGUAAAAAAAGAUUUAAAAAAUACAGUACUUUGAAGAUACAUCUAAGAACUCAUACAGGAGAGAGGCCCUUCAUGUGUGAUGUUUGCAAAAGAGGAUUUAGUCAAAAAAUUCAUUUAAAGAAACAUUUCAGAAUCCAUACAGGAGAAAAACCUUUUUGUUGUGAUGUUUGCUCUGAAAGGUUUUCAUUAAAAGGAAGUUUGAAAAUACAUCUUCGAAUUCAUACUGGAGAAAAACCUUUUACUUGCAGUUUUUGCAAACAGACAUUUGCUCACAGAAACACACUGAAUUACCAUUUAAAAACCCACACCAAUGAAGGCCCUUAUGUUUGUCAUCUUUGCCAGAAAACAUUUCCUAUUAAUAGUCGCUUAAAAAGACAUAUGCAAUGCCACUUAUAAAUUGGUUAAAAUGAAUGAAUUCAUAGAAAAUUAGCAAAUAGUAAAACUUUUUUAUCUAUAGUUGUUAUUAAAUAAAAUGCUAUAAACCAGGGGUGGCCAACCUGUGGCUUGCGAGCCACA